UUUUAUGCUUUUGUUACGAGGCCGCGCGUCAUAGUUAAUUGGCGCCGUAUUCAAAGUGCCGCCGAACUCUAAUUUUCCACCGUUCUCCGACGCCGGUCGAAAAAUGCAACCUGAAGACUCGAAAUCCCCAGAAUUUCCAAUCCCUCCGCCCAAUUUCCGUGCUCCGACUCAUCGUCCUACUCCGGCGGCCAGUAUUCCGGUCGAUGUCCGUCCUAGCCAGUCCAUGAUUCUUUCUCCGGUCCCUCAGCCCCAAAGAGUCUCUGUCGUCUCUCCCCCUUACCAUUUCCAAGUUCCUUCCAAAAGAAUUCGUUCUCCCGAUGAUCUCCGCCACUUCCACGAUUCCGAUUCCGGAAGAAAUUUUAUUGGUUUUAUUGUCGCUCUGUCUGAAUCCACUCGAGGCCGGAAAAUUUCAGAUCCGUGUUACGCAUCUGAUACCGUUAAUUCCAUCGUCUCGAUUCUUGAUACUCUGAUUCAGUGGGUCGAUGAUAUACCACCGGCGCGUAUGGCGUCUCGAUAUGGAAACCUUUCUUAUCGGACAUGGCAUGCGCGGAUGGUGGAAAACAGUGAUUCUCUUAUGCUUCGAUUUCUCCCCGAGGAUCUUCAUUCAGCCACAGUGGAACUUGUACCUUAUUUCACUGAUAGCUUCGGGAAUUCGACCCGAAUCGACUAUGGUACUGGGCACGAGACACAAUUCGCAGCCUGGCUGUAUUGCUUGGCGAAAUUGGGGACAAUCAAAGAGGAGGAUUACCCUGCUGUCGUCGUUAGGGUUUUCGUGAAGUACCUCGAGUUAAUGAGGAAAUUGCAGUUGGUGUACUGUUUGGAGCCUGCGGGUUCCCAUGGUGUUUGGGGCCUUGAUGACUACCAUUUCUUGUCGUUCGUUUUCGGAUCAUCACAGUUGAUAGAUCAUAAGUAUCUGAAACCUAAAUCCAUUCACACUCAGAAUAUUCUAGACAGUUUUUCAAAUGAGUAUCUUUACUUCUCGUGUAUUUCGUUCAUAAAGAAGGUGAAGAAGGGUCCAUUCUCAGAACAUUCGCCAUUGCUUGAUGAUAUUAGCGGGGUGCCUACUUGGAACAAGGUUAAUAGUGGGUUGCUGAAGAUGUACAAGGUGGAAGUAUUGGAGAAAGUUCCCAUUAUGCAGCACUUUCUCUUUGGAUGGCUCAUCAAAUGGAACUAGACAGAAGAGCUCGGUUAACUCACAAAGGGCUUGAAUCUAGAAAUUUGGUUCUUAGUAUUAUGAGCUUUUUAACAUGUUGUUUAGAAGGAGAAAAGCUCUUUUCCUCCCCUGCUUUGCUUCUUUAGUGGGCGUUUCUUUUUGUUUCCAAACUCAGGCCCAAUCAAGGAGAGGAGUGAAGAAGAAGCAUUAUUGUUCUACUAGACCACGUAUAAAAUGUCACGUCGCUGGGCUGAACAAAAAGGACCUGCCUUGUCUGCUUCCCCUCUUUCUUUCUUUCUUUCUUUCUUUCUUUCUUCCUAUAAGAUUAAAGCAAAUAGAAGAGAACCAAAUGGACGGUUUAGGGUUUAUAACACUCCUUCAAUGGAGGAAAACCGGGGUACGGAAUUAGACUCGACUUUUUGUGUGCAUUUGGAUGCUUGAAAUUUUCUACCACAGCCUAGGCUCACAGCUAGUAAAUAGUCUAUUUUAGCUUCUUACAUAU